CAAGCAGAUCUUAGUGUUCCAUUGUAACUGGUUAGAAGUAGUCUUGGAAAAAGUAAUUUUUAAAGAAUAAUUUUAAAAGUUAAAAUUAAACAUUAAUUUACGUUAAAGUGUAAAUGUACUUAGUGACAAUUAUUAGCAUGCUGUUAUGUUUAGAAUAUUAAUAAUGUUCAAGAUCAUUUUCUUUGUAGUUGUGUUAGGCAUAUUUCCCCAAACCCAUGGCUACAACAUUCCAAAUCUCCCUUCAGUUCUCGGCACCCAAACUCUUUAUGAAACCAGCUACCCUGCAACAGGCGACCAUGGUUAUACUUAUGAGAUAAGUCAACCUGAGACAGUCGGCACCCAUACUUAUGAUACAAGUCAGCCUGAAAUAAGCUACCAUAGUUCCCAUACUUUUGAAAGUCAAUCAGGAGGACAGAUCAGUCAAAUCUUGGAGCAAUACCCGUGGCUAACGCAAUGGCAGCAACAAUUUGGAUUAGCACCAAACUACAGUACUUUUGGAUUCAGUCAGAGCAGUCAAGAUACUUUUGGAGGUAGUCAUCAUGGAAAUGGUCAAGAAAAUCCUGGUCAGGAAAACGCAUACGAAAACCCGUUUACGCAAGCAUUAAAUCCAAGCGCAGAUAUUAAUGAUAAUUCUCAAGCCUCAGAAACCGUGUCAAAAGCAUCCCCUGGCGAAACUGAUGACGGCUCAGAACCUCCUCCAUAUCCUUAUGAUAACAGUGAUGAUGACGACAGUGAUGGUGAAAGCAGUGGUGACGACGAACCACCCAAAUAUUUAGACGAACCACCUAAAUAUUUUUACGAACCACCUAAAAAUUUAGACGAACCGUCUAAAUAUUUUGAUGAACCGCCUAAAAAUGUUAACGAAACACCUAAAUAUUUUGACGAACCGCCUAAAUAUAUUGACGAAACUAGAGACACAAAUGCCUCUUCUGACCAGAACAACGAUACGAAAUCGGCCAUUACUCCUGAAGGAAUCAACUCUGAAGCAAAGAAAAAUACUGCGACACCAAGACCACCCCAAAUGUCUUCCAUGCCUCAGCCUGAACCUGAACCUGGAACCAUGUCGCGACCAGUCCCGAAGCUAGGUUUACUCUUCGCCCCAUCGUUGCAGUGGCAUGUCGGGAUAUAUUCCAAGACCUUCACUCCGUAUAUGCAGGUCUGCGGCGGGUCGUUGGUUAGAGCUGAUGUAGUACUCUCAGCGGCUCACUGCUUUUGGGAUGAUAACGUGGGUGCGUUGCGUCCAGGACUGUUCGCGGUGGCGGCCGGCAAGCUUCUCCGACCCUGGGAGACCGAGGGAGAAAUCUACACGCAGCAUUCUGACAUUAAAGACAUUAAGAUCCCUCCCCGCUUCCGUGGCAGCAAGACCAGCUUCCAAGACGAUAUUGCCAUUGUUCUCCUGACUACGUCUUUGGAGUACGCUCCAGGAGUCAAGCCUGUCUGCGUCAGCUUUGACCUAGAGAUGGACCAAAGACAUCUCAGCAGCGGGAACCUGGGAAAGAUCGCCGGCUGGGGUCUAACGGAGAUCAACGGCCCACCGUCACAGCGUCUCAACUAUCUGGAGCUGCCUUACGUGGACAUCGAGGAGUGUCUCCGCACGGCUGACGACAGCUUCCUCAAGUACAUCACUAGUGACAAGAUUUGUGCGGGGGAUCAGAAAACUGGCCGAGCCCUUUGCCGCGGGGACAGCGGCGGCGGCCUCAUUUACUUCAGCUCAAGCAUUCCCUACCUCCACGGCGUUGCGUCAACGGCGCCGCGCGACAACAAUAAAUGCAACGCGUACGCUGUUGCCAGCUUUACGCAUGUGCAGGCGCAUAUGCGGUUCCUAAUUGGUCAUGUGCCGGAUAUCGGGGAGGGGUGUGAGGAGCUGUACGUUGAUACUACUGGAACGAAGCAGAAUAAAACAGAAAUCACACCAGAAAACGCCAGCCUAACGCCAAGUGGUUCAUCACUAGCUCAAGAGGAAGACAGAAUAUCGACGAACCUGGCACUCGAAAGUGGAAUUUCAAAUGUCACUGGUCCACAAAUAUAUUUAACAGCACCUAGUCAAAAUGACAAAAAUGAAGAAGCAAAUACUGGAGAACCGAUGUCUUUGACAGUACUGCAUCAGAAUGACGAAAAGGGAGUGUCAAAUACAGGAGAAACAAUUUCAAAUCCGACAGUUAUUAGUCAAGAUAAUGAAGAAUCAAAUACUGGAGAACCGAUAUCUUUGAUAGUACCGCAUCAGAAUGGCGAAAAGGGACUGUCAAAUAUAGGAGAAACAGAUUCAAAUCUGACAAUAUCUAGUCAAAAUGAUAAAAAUGGAAUAUCAAUAACAGGAGAAACAAUUUCCAAUCCAACAGUAACUAGUGAAGAUGCUAAUGAUGAAGAGUCAAAUACUGAAGAACCAGUAUCUUUGACAGUACCAAGUCACGGUGACAAAAAUAGAUUGUCAAAUACAGGAGAAACAAUUUCAAAUCUGACAGUAGCUAGUCAAGAUGCCGAUAAUGAAGAGUCAAAUACUGAAGAACCAAUUUCUUUGACAACACCGAGUGAAAAUAACAAAAAUGGACUGUUAAAUACAGGAGAACAAAUAUCAAAUCUGACACUAACUAAUCUCAAUGACAAAAAUGGAAUGUCAAACACACAAGAACCAAUAUCAUUGACAGUACCGAAUCAGAAUGUCAAUAAUAGAGAUUCAAAUGCUGAAAUACAAAUAUCAAGCUUGACAGAAAGUGAGGGCGAUAGGAGACCAAUAUGGGACACGAAUGAGUCAAAUGAGGAGGUAGUGAUGAAUGUAAGGAGCGGGGAGAGAGGGGUAGCGAGGAUAGCCGUAGAUAACAGUACUAGAACUUUUGUAUGUAACUGCUAUUGUAAUGAGUGAAAAAAAUUUAAAAGAUUUGAUUUCAAUAAAGAACAUCCCUUAUGUAAGAUAA